AUGGAUAACUUCGCUGAUGCUUGGGAGGCAAAGCGCAAGAAGGAAAGAGAACAAGGAAUAGACAAUCCAUUUGGUGGCUUCGCAAACAGUAAGAGGGUAUCACUUGGCGCACUUGAAAUGGCACUCAACCUUAAUGCGAAUAUAGGUGGUGGUGUCAAGAAGGCCAAUGAAGAGGUAAAGAAAUUCUCGGAAGGAGGUCAAAAAGGAGCACAAGCAUUCGAGGAACUCUUCAAACAGAUUAAGAAAGCCGGAGAAGCGACAAAGGCACUUAAAGAUGGCAAAGAGGUAACCAUAUCUGCAAGAUUAAGCAAAUCAGAGGUACGAGGAACGAUAAACCUUAUACAGUCUGUUGCUAACUCUUAUCAAGAAAUGUUUGAUAAGAUAGAAAGCAUGAAGGGACGUAGAAAAGUUCUUUCAAACGCUUUGCAGAUGGAUGGUUUGCCAAAGGAGGUUUCAAAAGGAAUCACAGACGAACUAAGACAACUUGAUAGACUCUUACCAGAACUUGAAAGAAAGAGUAAAAGUUAUCGUGACAUCAUAGCAGGUUUCUACAAGAAGAAUGGUGAUGUAAACGCCAAAAUUGUAGGAAUGAUAGACAGUUCUACACUUGGCGAGUUAAAACGUCAGGUAGGCUUGAUGAAUGCGAGUGCAAAGCAGUAUGAUAAUAUACUCAAUGGUAUGACAGCACGUAAGAAUGCCGAGAAUGCCAUACAGCAAGAGUAUAUGAAAUACUCAAACCUUGCCAAAGGUUCUAUGAUGACCAUUGACAAACUCGCAGAGUCAGCAAGAACAAGACUUCAUUCCUCUUUGGAGAAAUUUGGAGAAACCAACGAGUCUAAGGCACUGCAAGGAUAUAUUGAUAAGCUCGAAUCACUAAAGACUAUGUGGAGCGAACUUAUCAAGUUCUCUCAGAAACAAGGACAAUUUCCUGAAUCAAUAUAUCGUAAUGCCUAUCUGUAUCAGAGACAGGCAAUGACAGAACUGUCUAUCGGACGUUCAAAACUUGGUGCAAAGGACUUCGACAAUCAGAAGAUAAUUUCCGAUGCACGUCAAAAGGAAUCUGAUAGAAGAAGGGCAGAAUCGGACCAGAGACGUUCUGAUGCUGAUAGCCGUAGAUGGCUCAACGACUACUACAGAGAACAGCAGAGAGUUAUGUCGCAGAAUGACAAACUCAUUGACUCGUUCAAUAAGCUUUAUGAAGCACAGAACAGGCUUUCCAAUGUAAAGGUAGCGAAGGGGGAUUUUGCUACCCAACAGGCAGUUGACACAAAGAUGUACGAGUUGCGUGCCUAUGCUCAGCAGUUACAGUCUGUAUGGGAUAAGAUAGGUCAUCCACUCGCAUUCAGAGGUGCUGACGGAACGUCACUCGUUGGUGCAAACUUCAAGAACCUUAUCACAGACGCAAACUCUCUUGCUGUCAGCCUUGAAAAUUUGGAGAAGGCACGUCUCAAUGAUGCUGCUGCUGCCGAGAAGCAAGCGCAGAAGGCACAGGAGGCAACAGCAAAGAAUAAGAUUGCACAGGCACAGGCAGGUAACAAGGCAUGGACGCAAGGCUCUGACAAGGCACAGAUAGAAGGAGAAAAACUCCGUUCUGCUCAGUUGAAACAGCAGAUGGAGGAACGUUUCAAGGCACAAGAAGAGGCAGAGAAGAAGCAUCAAGCACAGAUGGAUAAUCUGGAGAAGAUACGACUCCAGAAGAUGAAGGAGUAUCAGCAGUAUUUUGCAAAUAUGCAGAAGGCUACUGAACAACUGCAUAAUGCAAAGUAUAUCUCUGAUGCAAAGAACGAAGCACAGGUAAAUGCAGAGAGAGCAAGACAGAUAGAAAGACUUACUGAUGUAAUUCGCAAAUUACAGACAGAGCAGACUUCUCUUGGUAUAAAGAAAUACUUUGAUGGCACAGAUACUUCAAUUAUCAACAGCACAAGAGAAAGCAUCAAUCAACUUGUGUCGGCAUUGCAGAAGUAUCAAGAGCAGUUACGAAAUGGUGGCUCUCUUCAAGAUUGGAGCCUUGUACGUACUGCAAGAAAGGACGCUCUGUCAGAGGCUACUAUUGCGAGGCAACUUACCAAUCAGGAUGAAAGAGAGAAGAAGGCUCUUGCACGUCAGCAAGCAGAACAGCAGAGGCUGAAUGAACAAGCAAACGCAUCUUUGUUCGCUCAAAGGGUAGAAGCAGCAUUGCCACAGCGAAUGGAUCCUGCAAUACGAAAGAGUAUGCAGGAUUAUUACAGAAACCUCGAAAGAGAGAGUGCUGCAUCUGCAAGAAAGGCUACAAAAGACGAUGAGAGAUAUGCGAGAGACAUGAACAAUGUGUCUAAUAUCAUAACAUCUCUUUAUGACAAGAAAGCACUUCUUGAUGCAAGAAUAUCAAAAUCGCAAGAGGUUAAUAUAGACACUACACGUUUAGAAUCCGCAAGAAAACGUGUAGAUGAACUUAUUGAGUCGUAUAAAAUGUUAAGGGAUAAUGUUUCAAAAGAACAGUAUCUCUCAAUGCCUGGUGUUCUUGGAAAUCUCGGUGUAGAGAAGAAGCAGACUGACUCACAAGUUGAUAGGGCAAUUCGGUCAGACCGUGAUGCUCUGAAAGCAUACAACGAAGAACUUGCAAAGUCUAAGUCAGAGGCUAAUGCCGCAGAAGCAGCAAGCACGGCAAUGGCAAAGUCUGCUGCAAAUGCAAUAAAUGACGAACAUAACUCUGCUACGAAACUUGCUUUGAUGCUUGAAAAGAUUAAGCAUAUAGAGCAAGAAAUGCAGAAUCAGAAUAACAAAGCAAUCAAGUUAGGUGUUAACAAUUCUGAAAUAGAACAGCAGUUGCGUUACAUCACUAAUUUGAGAACUGCUUUGGAGUCUCUGACAAAUGCAAAUGUAACAUCAGGUAGCCUAAAGCCAUACGAGAACGAGUUAAAACAGAUAAGUGCCGAAUGUGGCACAUUGAAGACUAAACUUACAAGUACGUUCCAAUCAGCAGAAAAGGCUACAAAAGACGCAGAAGCAGCAAGCAAAAAGGCAUCGCAAGAGGUAUCGAAACUUGUUUCUCAAUAUCGUAAUCUUGAAAGUGCUGCGAAGAAUGCUUCCAAUGCCAUGUCCGGCAUCAAGGACUUGCUGUAUCAGUUUGCACCUAUCUAUGGAGUACAGCAACUUGUGAUGUCUGUCAUAGAGGUUGGUGGUGAGAUUGAGAAACAGCAUAUAGCACUGCAAUCAAUCAUUGGCGACAUACAACAGGCUAACGACCUCUUUGAAGGACUCAAAGGACUUGCUUUGCAGUCACCAUUCACCUUUGGCGAACUGACAAAGGACGUAAAGCAGUUGGCAGCAUACAAUGUAGAGACAAACCAACUCUAUGAUACCACAAAACGACUUGCAGACAUUUCAUCAGGUCUCGGUGUGUCAUUUGACCGUAUAGCAUUGGCUUACGGACAGGUGAAGUCACGCUCAUGGCUUGAUGCGAAGGAGUUGCGUCAGUUUGCGUAUGCCGGUGUACCUUUGCUCCAGAGUCUUGCUGAUAUGUACUCACAGACACAGGGAAAGGAAGUAUCAAAGGCUACUGUACGCAAGAUGAUAACCAACAGACAGGUGUCAUUCGAGGACGUACAGAAGGUGCUGUGGGCAAUGACAGAUGAAGGAGGCAAGUUCUACAACAUGCAGAUGGUGUUGUCAGAAACACUCCUUGGACGUUAUAACAAGUUGAAGGAUGCUUGGGAAAUCAUGCUCUCUGGCUUCGCAAAGGGUGAUAGCAUCGUAGGAGCAACAUUCAAGGGUAUUCUUGACUUCUUAACAAGCAUACUGCUUCGUAUCAAUGCCGUUAUCCCUGCUGUUACUGGUCUUUUCGCUGUAUUCGCAAUAAAUAAGUUGAAGAAUGUCGGUGCAAACCUCAUUCAGAAGGGACAGACAGCUGAAAUGCGUCAGCAGACAAUCCUUCGUAUGCAACAGCUUGUCACAGAGGGCAAGAUUACUCAGGCAGAGAUAAGCAGACUUAUCAUUGAAGGUAAGAUAACACAGCAAGAGGCAGUACAGCUUGGUCUUAUGAGACAACAAGCCGCUACUGUAGGCAGACUUGGACUUGCUAUGAAGGGUCUUGGCAGUAUGGCAAAAGGCUUGUGGGCAGCAAUGGGAGGAUGGGUAGGACUCAUUAUCACAGGUGUUGCUGCUGCCACUUCGUAUGCCUACACAAGAUACUCCGACAUGAAGCAAGCCGGAGAGAAGGCACUUGAAGAGUUCUCCGGCAAGGCAAAGACGUUCUCUGAAUUCCAGAGUGGUAUGUCUAACAGGAACCCUUCUACUACAGCAGAGAAGCAGAAGGAACUGGAGGAGUAUGUCAACUUCAUAAAGGAAAAUGCUCCGUACCUCACUACAGAUAUACUCUUCGACCUCGGAAAACUUGAUGGUGUAGAUGCUAAACUUGCAAAGAUUAAGAAGUGGGUAAAGGACAUUACGUACACUAUUGAGCAUAAUAGAUACUCAGCAAAGAGUUUUGCAGAAGAUACAGUUAAGUCAGUUGAGAUAUUGCGAGAUAGCGUAAACGACAGGAAUGGUGCCAUGGGAAAGGUAUCACAACUUCUUGCAAAGGAGAACGAUGAUACUAUUGAACAAAUGUCUGCAAACAUUGUUGAGAACGCUAAGAAAUCAACAGAUGCUAUCAUUAAGCAUUAUGCGUAUCUUAUCAGUCAGGCACAGAAUAUCAAGGAAAAGCGUGCUAUACUCGGUCAGUAUCUAAGCACCCAGAAUGACAGACAGAAAUAUGUAGAUGAUAUAAAUCUUCUUGCAAAUACAAACAAUACGUUCUCGUUGAGUUCUAAUUCUCGUGACCUUGCUAAUGCUAAUAGUAAUAUUGAUGCUCAGAUUGAAAAGAUUGCUGAGCAAAUAAGGUCAAGACUUGGCAAAGGUAUCAAGAAUAUAGGCAAGGAAGGUGGUGAGAAUGUUACUGCGCUGUACCGUACCAUGCUCGAAAGCGCAUUUGAGGGUAUGGACGAUGAUAGCAAGGCUUUCCUGUCAUUGAAGAUUGACAAGAUUCUGAAAAUUGAUGGCGAUGCACGUGUAAGUAAGGAUAUUAUAGACAAGCUUAUGGCAGGUCUUGACAAUCCUGAGACAGCUGACGAGAAGGUCAGAAACUUCAUGCUCCAUAUCGCUGACAAGAUACGUCAUGGUUCAGAGCUGAACGAUGCAGAGAAGAAGAAGGUAACAGAGAUUAUGAACUCUGCAAAGAAGGACUUGGAGGCAAGAUAUCCUAAUGACGUUGACAGAGUAAUCAAAGACCUUCUCGCUUCAAGUGAUUUCGUUGCUCGUAUCAGGAUGCAGGUUGACGAUGACUCUUCUGAACUUGACAAGAUGCUGUGGGGUGAAGACCUUUCCGUAAAGCAGUCGCAGCUUCUCAAAGAACUUACAAAGGAUAAUGACCUCGUAGGAGCGAAGAAGAAGGCGAAGGAGCAACUGGAGGAGCAACAGAAUACCUUAAAGAAUGUUGACACAACUCCUGGACUUGACGUUCUGCAAAAGAACAUAAUGAAGAAUGAGAUACAAGGUAAGAUUGACGACCUUAACUAUCUCAUAACUCAUAAACUCGGUAAAUAUGUUGACCCGAAAGGCAAGACAAAGCAUGAAGGCCCGGACAAAGAGUUGAAGGCUCUGCGUUCUCGCAUUCAGAACAUCAAGAAACUCAUUGCUCUGUAUAAGGAAUAUCGUAAGGACUAUGGUGAUUUUGAAGCACAAAAGAGAGUCAACAAACUUGCUAAAGAAGAAGGAAUAGAAGGCUAUGACUUUGGCGACCCUGUAGGUUCUAUGGAUAAAGCCAUGAAGGAAGCAUGGGCUUUAUAUAACAAGAAAAAGACUGAGGAGCGUAAAGAAUUUGCACGUGCAACACAGACUGAAAAAGAAGAUGAGUUCCGAAAGAAAGAACACGAAGAUGUUGAAGCAUUAGCAAAGGCAUACAAGUUACUCAACGACCAGAUAAAGUCUCAAUAUGAACUGCGUGAGGCUAUCCAAAAGAAGUAUAGCGAAGCACUUGCCAGCACAAUGACAAGCGGUAAACUGAAACUCGGUGAGUCAUACGAAAAAACUCUUUCUGAACAGUUGGAAGACUUAAUCAGCAAGAGUGACUACAAAGAUGUUACCAUUGACAUGGCUCUGGAUGCUGACAAUAAACAGCUGACAGGCUGGUUUGGUGAAGGAACAAAGAUACGUGAAAUUAUAGAAGACCUUCGUACAGAACGUCAGCGUAUUCAAAAACUUGCUUCCGAUACUGUUAUAGCACAGAUUGAUUCUCUUGAAGGAACAGAGAUAAAGCUUCAAAGAAUAGCGAAUGAGCUUGAAAAGACUCUUGAAUACAUAGAUAAGAUGAACAUCCUUAAUGAUGAUGGCACAGUCAAUGAGGACAAGAAGAAAGCAAGAGACAAAGCGAAGGACAUUGCACGUCUUAAUGCAAGAACAAAGACAACAGAGACUACUGAUGAAUACAAGAAGUUUAUGUCAGCUGCAUGGGAUAUGAAUGCAGAUACAAGGGCAAAGACUUAUGAAACCAUUGUAAAGAAUAUCAAUGACCAGUAUUCUGCCGGUGCUAUUAGUGCAGAUGCAUAUUCUGAGAAGAUGAAGAAAGUCAAUGAUGCUUUCAAUUCUCUAACAAACAGAGAAGAUGUCGUUACCAGAUUCACUACAAAUUACAAACUUGCCCAAAGUCGAAAUGAAUUGUAUCGUAAUAUGCAGGAUGGCACAUCUGUUGAGUUCCAGAAAGGUGGAGGAAAAAGGUACGGUCUUGCAGACGGAAAGUAUAGCAAGGAUGAUAUUGGCAAGUAUGCCAAAGAAUCUGAGGAUGGUUUCUCAACAUCCAUGAAUGAUGCAAUCAGUGGCUUGCAGAACUUCUCUACAGCUCUAUCUCCUGUAUGCGACCUGCUUGACAAGAUUGAUGGUUUUGGAGGCUUCGGUGAUGCACUCGGUGUAGCGAACAGCGCAUUGCAGGGUGCUUCUUCCAUGGGCGGUGCCAUAAGUGGUCUUGGUGGCUUGUUUGGUGAAGAUUCUGGUAUUGGUAAAGCUUUAGGAGCUGCCGGUCCAUACGGUGCAGCGGCAGGUGCAGCACUUAGUGUCGUUUCUUCCCUUAUCGGUGACCCUGAUGCAAAGGCAGAGGAACAGAUACAGGAAGCAAAGCGUACUAAUGAGUUACUUUCAAAGAUGUCAGAUUUCAUAAAGGAUAAUCUUGAAGAGUUUGUAGGUAAACUAUACACCUGGAAUAAAGCCGAAUCUGACAAGACUAUUGAAAAACUUGACGGUCAGUUGACUUACAUGAAGAAUAACUAUGAGUAUGACGAGAAAACUGGCAGAAUAAUGCUUGUUGGUAGGGAGAAGGCCUAUAAAGAACAAUAUACUGACGAAACAAAGAGGAAGUUUGAAGAAGCUAAAAACUCUGGCUCGUACUUCGAUGCUCAGAUGGCACUGUUGUAUGCAGAGCGUGACAACUACAAGAUGAUGGCAGAAGCCGAGCGAGGCAAGAAGAAGUCAGAUGAAACGAAGGUAGAAGAAUAUCUUAACUCCGUAGAGGAAGCAGAGCGUAAGAUAAAGAACUUCGCACGUGACAUGGCGAAAGAACUCUACGACAUCGACUUUGAGGGAUGGUCAAAGAAUAUCGCCUCCGCUCUCGUUGAUGCCUGGGCCGCCGGAACAAAUUCUGUAAAGGCAUACAAGAACGCUGUAAAGGAUGCGAUGAAGAACGUCAUAACAAACGUUGUUCAGCAGAAGGUAAUAGGCACCUACAUUGACAAAAUGAUGGACGGAUGGAUAGAGAAGUUUGAAAGCAAAAAUGGUGUCAUGGAUGGUUAUCUUUUCGGAGAACUUGGCGAGAUUAUGGUAGGCGUAAAGGAUAGGAUAGACUCUGUAAACUCUAUCCUUGAUUCUGCCGACAAAAUCUCAAAGUCACUCGGACUUGGAACACUAAAAGACCAGAAGCAGUCGUCAAUCACAAACGGCAUACAGGGUAUGUCUGAGGACACAGCAGACCUUAUAGCAAGUUAUAUGAAUGCAAUACGUGCUGAUGUAAGUCUAAACAGAAUGAUGUUGCAGACUAUGGUAGAAGAGACAAUGCCGAGCAUCAACACAAACUUGCGAUAUUCUCUUGUAACAUUGCGUGGAAUAAGAACACAUAUAGAGGCUAUAGAUGGAAAUGUGGCAUCAAUCCUUGAAAUGAUAAAUGAUUCGGUAAGAGGAACAAGGCCAAUGUAUGUAAAAACAAUUAUUUAA